AUGGAGUCCUGGAAGGCGAUGGGCGGUGUAUUUGCUGCUAUUUUUAACAUGAUUCUGGAUGUCGCGCAGUUCUGGAAGGCUAGGCUACUCUCAUGGUGGGGAUCAAACUCUAAGAAAAAGCUGCGACGUACCUUGGCCUCAGCAGAGAGGUAUGAAGACUGGGAACAGGCCGCGUAUGAGCUGGAUGAGCUCCUCAGCAUGGACAUAUGGCGCCAGAAUGCAGCAAGUCGCCACUAUGAUUAUCGGCUCAUCAUGGGAAGACUGGAUGCUCUUAUGACUGCCAGACGGAAUGAUGACAUCCUGACUUUGGCCAACCUCCUUCGCUUGAUCAGCGACUACAUCACCGAAGUUGCUCUUGCCAUCGAGUAUGUAACGAGCCUAGAGACGGCCCCAGUUCACGAAAGCGGCUUUACUUCCCAAGCAAAGCUCGAGCUGUUGCACGAUACACGUCAGGCGUUCGGGCGGACGACAUUGCUCCUUCAAGGCGGAUCGAUUUUUGGGUUGUGUCAUUUGGGCGUGGUGAAGGCUUUGCACCUGCAGGGCCUUUUGCCCAGGAUCAUUACGGGAACAGCCACAGGGGCCCUUAUUGCUGCUCUUGUUGGGGUCCAUACCGAGGAUGAAUUAUUGACCUUCCUCAAUGGAGAUGGCAUUGAUUUAACCGCCUUUGACCGUCGACGAUGGAGGGGAGCCUCCGGCGGAAGCAGCGGGCGAUUGCUGCGAGACAACUGGUUGUGGACUCUCCUUCGACGGAUCAAGCGGUAUGCGCAAAAAGGGUACUUUUUUGAUACAGAGGUUCUUGAAGAAUGCGUUCGAGCCAACCUCGGUGAUCUGACUUUCGAAGAGGCAUAUGCUCGGUCUAAGCGCAUCCUUAACAUUACAGUGGUCACGUCGAGUAAGACGGGAGCUCCGAAUUUAUUGAAUUACCUAACUGCACCGAACGUAUUGAUUUGGUCCGCUGCAGUGGCCUCGAAUGUAUCGACCAACUCUCUUUACCAGCCAGUCACGAUCUAUUGUAAAGAUGAAACCGGCUCGAUUGUCCCCUGGACGUAUGCGCAGGAUGUUACAUUUCAUCCAUGGCGGCAUGCCCAAUAUGACGAGAGAGAAUCACCCCUCACCCGGAUUGCCGAGUUAUUCAACGUCAAUAACUUCAUUGUGUCGCAGGCGCGGCCAUACCUCGUUCCGUUUCUUCGGUCGGAUCUGGACCUUCUCGACCGACGUCCCAUGGGCCAGUGGAACAUUACACGGACCUUGAUGCGCCUGGUGCUGCUCGAAAUCAGACACCGCCUGAAACAGUUGAACUACGUCGGUCUUCUUCCUCAGAUGCUCGCGCGGCUCCUCAUCGAGGAGACGAUCCCGGGACCCAAUCUGACUCUUGUUCCCGACCUGUCACUGGGCGACUUCACCAAGCUAUUCCAGAACCCGACCAAGGAGAGCUUGGACCAUUGGAUCCUGAAAGGCGAGCGGGGGGUGUGGCCGGCCGUCAGUGCACUGAAGGUGCGAUGUGUGGUGGAGAUCGAACUGGAUAAGGGUUACCAGGUGGUGCGACGACGACGACCGUCGGAUAUGUCUGCGUCUGUUAACUACGUUAUGUCGGGACAGCGACGCAUGCCGAAUGAAGGAGUUCCCCGGAAGCGGCGGUCCAAGGGACUGCUGGGAGGAAUGGAGUAUCAGGAUGAUGAUUCGAAUCCGUUGUAG